GGGAACCUUGAGUCUUCCAACCCGUCACUGCUGAGCGAUUUUCCGUUUCUGGAGAGGGAGAGAGGAUUUGUAAAUACCCGUCAGCUGACCAGGAUAUCUCAAGAAAGGCAACAUUGGAGUACUCGCAACGCAUUGUCAGACGAUAUCGGAUCUUUUGUAAAAGCGCAUUCGAAUGAGGAUUCUGAGUAUCUCGACGUAGUGAUAACCCACGGACAAGAAGUGGAUAACGUGGUGGGGAGAAUCGGUAGAUGCCCGUCAGCUGAUGAGGAUGCCUCGGAGAUGUCUCGCGGUUAGCAGCGAGCGACGACGACGACGACGACGAGGAGGAGGUAGUGGUGGAGGAGAAGCAUAGGCGUCCGGGGGGUUGUUUGGGUCCUUAUGAUCUGGAGGUGAGCGGCGAUCAAGGUCAGCUCUAGGAUGUUUUGUGCGGAGGGCUCGUCGUCGAAGGGCAGCUUCCUGCAACAGAAGAAAGCCGCGCGCGAGGAUCGGGCUCACGAGAAGCGCAGAGAGGCCGCGGCCACUUUGAUUCAGGCCCACGUCCGAGCCUGGUUGGCUCGCGUCCAGUUCACCAAGCGAAUACUAGAAGAAUUUGAUAAUAAUUUCCUUGAUGACAUCGGUGUGGAUAAUGCAUCAGUGGAAUUAAAACCUGCUCUAGAGGUGUAUAGAAUUAUUUCAAGAUUUUUGUUAAUUUAUAAGAAAGAAAGAGAUCAAGAGAGAAUCGAGAGAGUGUGUAGAUAUCUUGUGCUAACUCUCGAUUCCGAAUCUCCAAAAAUAUCUUAUGUCGGAGUGGCAUUAAACAAGGAUCACUACAUAUCAUGGAUAUCCCAAAUGAAGACCAUUUUAUACCAUUGUCUCUCCGGUCUGGAUGGCCUGAAGCCGGAGAGAGUAUCGGACCACAAAUCCAUAUUGCUCCGACUGCAUACUCUGGUGAGUUUUACAUCGCCAGGAACAUGGGCUAUACAGAAAGUGAAGGGCAUGGACCAAUUGAAGACUGGCAUGAGCCAACUGUGCGCAAAUAUAAUGGGCCAUCUAGUUAACAAUGGAUUUUAUGCUACUAUGCAGACUCUUUUAAUGAAGGGAUUAGGUAGAGCAAAAAUUGCUUUGAAACCAGUUACACUUUCAGCAGCGGUCACUCUGACAUUGAGGCCACUGAUCUCUUCACAAAUGUCUGACAAAUUGGUAUCCCUGUUCCUAAUUAACAUCUUUAGCGUCCCAGCUCUGGUUUAUCACUUGAAUAUUUUGUCACCGGAGUGCAUUUCGUCGUUCAUAACAAAUAAUCUGUUCGCGAGAAGUUUGGAGUUGUUAAAUUCCGAACAGAAUUUAAGGAUCGUCUUUAAUGCUUUGGAGGGCAGUUAUGCGCUUUGUUUGCUCGCAAAUUUAAUACAAUUAGCGAAUAUUGAGAGGGAAGAAGUAUUAAGAGAACUCUGCUUUCCUUCUUUUACGUUUGUCGUAACGAGAAUGUUGGAAGCAUGUCAGCAAUAUGUAGUUGCCAAACGGAGUAAUUUGACGCAUUGGCAUCCUGUAUUAGGCUGGUUUGCACAGACGAUUGACACGUCGUUGCAGGAUGCGACUCCUUCGGUAAAAUUGCAACUUGCUUGUCUUUGGACGGGCAGAAUUGUUACGCAUUUAAUCGAACAGCCACUGACCGAGUUUGUCGAAAAAGAGGUACCACCUCCGGUAGAACAACAAAGUACCUCUUCUAUGGGAGCCAAUAUUUUCCGACGUGCGUUUCUUGAGGCUCGUACCAACAGGAACAACAGCACUAAAAAUUACAGAAAGCUGGGCAGUCCGGAGGCUACCAAGAUAGCUUUGAUCUGCUCGCUAUAUCAAACGGCAUUACACACGCUUACGCAGAUGAAGAUCGAGAUAUUGACCGGAUUGUGCUAUCAAGGCAAAAUUCUUUAUCAUAUGUGGUUGUUUCUCACCACCCUGGGGCCGCACUGCGGUUUGAAAGCGUUUCUAGAUCUCUUGGCGGCUAAUACUAAGUGCACGGCACCUGAGUUCCAGAUGCUGAUACUAUUCGCUGAUUGUAUGACGCACUACGUGACCAUCUUGGACGAUAUGGAAAUGUAUGAGCAUCAAGAUCCCUUCAAGCUUACAGACUUUAUCACUAUGUCGUACUUUCUAAAUCAGUUUUUGUACAAAGCAGUUCUCACUAAUUUAUUCGAUGUGAAAUCCGUAUCCAGCAAUCCUCUAUUUAUUUCGCUUUAUAUUCUUCUAAUGGCAAUCUAUCGACGCGAUUGUCGCAGAACGUUUUGUCCAGAAGGUCAUUGGUUGGCCAAGGAAGUACGAGUAUCCGGCUUCUUGGCCGAUUUGGAAAAGGGAAGACGCGGUGCUGCGCUUUUACUUUCAAAAAUGCCUCAUGUUAUCCCUCAUUCUGAACGAGUUGUAUUAUUUCGCAAGCACAUAGCUGAUGAAAAAGCAGUGAUGGGUUUAACUGAGAGCGCUUGUAACAGUCCACCGACCACUCUCAUCGUCGUACAUAGGUCUAUAUAUUUUAUUUAUUUUAUAUUCAAAGCCACAAGCGAAACGCUCUAUCCAUCUCCUACAUCUUUUAUGCAGGACAAUCAUUUGCAACUGUUUGAAUUCGUCGGGCGAAUGCUCGGCAAAGCGGUUUACGAGGGCAUUGUCGUGGACGUGCCUUUUGCGUCAUUCUUUGUGUCGCAAUUUUCCGGGCAAACAGGCGGUGCAUUGUACAGUUGGCUAGACGAGCUCGCUUCGUUAGAUCGCGAUCUUUACCGUAGCCUGACCUUGGUAAAACAUUACAAGGGCGAUAUCCGGCAACUGGAGUUGACAUUCUCUCUUGAUGAGGACGUACUCGGCAAACUGGUUACGCACGAGCUGAUUCCUGGCGGGCGUACCACUGCUGUGACCAAUCAAAACAAGAUUCAAUAUAUCCACCAUAUGGCGCAUUAUAGAAUGUAUCAUCAGAUCAAGGAGCAAACGACCGCCUUCAUCAAAGGAUUCCGCUCCAUCAUUAAUCCCGAGUGGCUGUCGUUAUUCUCGACGCCCGAGUUACAGAGAUUAAUUUCGGGCGAUAAUGUACCUUUGGACCUGCGAGAUUUACGAAAACAUACACAAUAUUAUGGUGGAUUUCAUGAUAGUCAUCGGGUGGUAUGCUGGUUGUGGGAUAUUUUGGAGAAAGAUUUUACAGAAGAGGAAAGAGGCUUAUUCUUAAAGUUUGUGACGAGUUGCUCGAAGUCACCUUUGCUGGGUUUCGCUCAUCUGGAACCGCCUUUCUCUAUACGAUGCGUGGAAGUCUGUGAUGACGAGGACACCGGCGACACUAUCGGCAGCGUAAUCAGGGGUUUCUUUACAAUCCGCAAGAAGGAUCCACAGAAUCGAUUGCCCACUUCAUCAACGUGCUUUAAUCUGCUCAAGCUACCAAAUUAUCAAAAGAAGAGCACGUUGCGAGAAAAACUUCGCUAUGCUGUCACUAGCAAUACUGGUUUCGAACUCUCGUAAAUGCUAUCGAAUACUUUUAUUCCAAGAGAAGUGAUAAACAAAACUUUAUGCGAAUUGAAACAAUACGUG